AGGGAAGGUAGCGACGGCUCUAUGGCUCACUGCCUCACUGAUUGCAUAGAUUCCAUGCCAUUUCUCCACUAGCUUCCCCUCUUCUUCCUCUUCCCUAUCCUGGUCUCCUCCCCUCACCAGUCACGGCCGAGUCAGCGAAAUCCAUGCCCCAUUGCUUAAUCAUCGCGUAUAGACGGGCAGUUCCCCCCAGAUGAGUCAGAUUCGCCAGCCGUUUUAGCUUUGCUCUCGUCUACAGCUGCAGUGCGAACCGCGACUGACUUGCUUGACUCCACUGCGGAUCCAUCGGUUUUGUUUUGCUCUCGUCUCGUGCGGGAUUGGGCUUCGGGAGCGGAAGGCCUCUGCGUUUCCUUCCCUCAGACUUGCAGAGUUGAUCACACUGGUCUGUUGUUCGGCCCCUGCUUUCACCAUCCUCUCUGCAGACCGCCCACUACACAUAUUCAGCAGCUAAAAUGGCUGAAGCAAUACUUAUGGCUGUGACAAAGAUUGGUUCCGUUCUAACAGAGGAAGCAACCAAGGCCGUCAUAGCUAAGCUAUCUGAAAAGGUUACUAAUUUGAAGGAACUGCCGGUAAAGAUUGAACAAAUAAGGAAGCAACUGACUAUGAUGGGCAAUGUUAUAAGCAAGAUAGGCACAGUGUACCUCACGGACGAAGUUGUUAAGAGUUGGAUUGGGGAGGUCCGCAAUGUGGCCUACCAUGUUGAAGAUGUAAUGGAUAAAUAUUCGUACCAUGUUCUUCAAAUUAAGGAGGAAGGGUUCCUGAAGAAAUACUUUAUCAAAGGAACACAUUAUGCCAAAGUUUUCAGUGAAAUUGCGGAUGAGGUAGUUGAGGUAGAGAAGGAGAUCCAGGAAGUUGUACGGAUGAAAGACCAGUGGUUGCAGCCCUGCCAGCUUGUCGCUAACCCACUCACUGAGAUGGAAAGACAGCGAUCCCAAGACAGUUUCCCAGAAUUCGUCAAAGAUGAAGAUCUCGUAGGAAUCAAAGACAACAGGAUAUUGCUGACUGGAUGGUUGUACUCUGAAGAGCCCGAGGGCACUGUGAUAACAGUAUCGGGCAUGGGUGGGUUGGGAAAAUCUACCUUGGUGACAAAUGUUUAUGAACGUGAAAAGAUCAACUUCCCUGCACAUGCAUGGAUCGUUGUGUCACAAAUUUACACUGUUGAGGACCUGUUGAGGAAGCUUCUAUGGAAGAUUGGAUAUACAGAACAACCAUUGUCAGCAGGUAUUGACAAAAUGGACGUACAUGACUUGAAAAAGGAAAUACAGCCGAGACUUCAAAAUAAAAAAUACUUGAUUGUACUGGAUGAUGUCUGGGAGCCAGAGGUAUACUUCCAGAUACAUGAUGUUUUCCAUAAUCUCCAAGGAAGUCGCAUCAUAAUUACGACCCGGAAGGACCAUGUGGCAGGAAUUUCUUCUUCCACACGUCACCUUGAGCUCCAGCCGUUAAGUAAUCGUGACGCAUUUGACCUCUUCUGCAGAAGGGCUUUUUACAACAAGAAGGGCCAUAUGUGCCCCAAGGAGCUUGAUGCAAUUGCUACUUCUAUUGUUGACAGGUGUCAUGGCCUACCGCUUGCAAUUGUUACCAUUGGCAGCAUGUUGUCUUCAAGACAACAAUUAGACUUUUGGAAACAAACAUACAAUCAGCUCCAAAGUGAGUUGUCAAACAAUAUUCAUGUACGAGCAAUUUUAAAUCUGAGCUACCAUGAUCUUUCAGCGGACCUCAGAAACUGCUUCUUGUACUGCUGUCUAUUCCCUGAAGAUUACUUCAUGUCACGUGACAUCCUUGUUCGACUCUGGGUUGCAGAAGGCUUUGUGCUUAGUAAAGACAAGAACACGCCAGAGAUGGUAGCAGAGGGGAAUCUCAUGGAAUUAAUCCAUCGCAAUAUGCUUGAAGUUGUGGACUAUGAUGAGCUUGGUAGGGUUAACUCAUGUAAGAUGCAUGAUAUUGUGCGUGAACUAGCUAUUUCUGUUGCGAAAGAAGAGAGGUUUGCUGCAGCAACUGAUUAUGGCACAAUGAUACAGAUGGACAGGAAUGUUCGUCGUCUGUCAUCAUAUGGAUGGAAAGACGACACUGCACUGAAAAUUAAACUUCCACGUCUUCGAACAGCAUUGGCUCUUGGAGUAAUUUCAUCAUCCCCUGAGACAUUAUCUUCUAUUUUAUCUGGAUCUAGUUACCUUACCGUUCUCGAGCUUCAAGACUCUGCAGUCACUGAAGUGCCAGCAUUGAUAGGCUCUCUGUUCAAUCUACGUUACAUCGGGUUACGUCGCACCAACGUCAAGUCACUCCCAGACUCUAUUGAGAAUCUGUCCAACCUCCAAACUCUGGACAUCAAGCAAACAAAAAUAGAGAAGCUACCACGAGGUCUUGGGAAGAUCACGAAGCUGCGGCACCUUUUAGCUGAUAAUUAUACUGAUGAAAAGCGGACAGAGUUCCGAUACUUUGUCGGAGUACAAGCACCUAAAGAGCUGUCCAACAUGGAAGAACUGCAAACUCUGGAGACUGUGGAAUCUAGCAAUGACUUGGCCGAGCAGCUGAAGAGACUGAUGCAACUUAGAAGUUUGUGGAUUGACAACAUAAGUGCCGCUGAUUGUGCAAAUCUGUUUGCCACACUGUCAAAUAUGCCGCUUCUUUCCAGCUUGCUUCUUGCUGCAAAGGAUGAGAAUGAGGCACUUUGCUUCAAAGAUCUCAAGCCAAGGUCUGCAGAUCUACACAAGUUGGUUAUCAGAGGACAAUGGGCCAAGGGGACACUGAAUUGCCCAAUAUUUCUCGGCCAUGGGACACACCUCAAGUAUCUAGCUUUAAGUUGGUGCAACCUUGGGGAAGAUCCACUUGAGAUGCUCGCACCACACCUGCCGAACCUCACAUAUCUCAAACUGAAUAACAUGCACAGUGCACGUACCUUGGUUCUCUCUGCAGGUUCCUUUCCAAACCUGAAGACGCUUUAUUUGAGACACAUGCAUGAUGUCAGCCAGCUACAUUUCAUUGAUGGUGCUCUUCCAUGCAUUGAAGCUAUGUACAUUGUCUCUCUACCAAAGCUGGAUAAGGUCCCUCAAGGCAUUGAAUCCCUUCAAUCCCUGAAGAAGCUCUGGCUGUUGGGCUUGCCCAAGGGUUUCAAAACUCAAUGGGUCAGUAGCGGAAUGCAUCAGAAGAUACUGCAUGUUCCAGAGAUUCGUGUGUAGAUGCUGCAGGCUGGUUCUUUCUGCAGUGUCAGUUCUUGUAUGGUUCAUCUGGCGCAACUUUUAAUCAUUCCAAUAAGUUUGCGAUUAUUCACAUCGCCAGCAGCGGGUCAUCAUUACUUAUGUACCCUAACACGAUUUGUCCUCAAAUAGUGUUGUUCAUUGCCAUCCAGACACCCUGCCCUGUACCUUUUGUGUUGUUUUGGCUACAUGUUUUAGUACUGGUUUAUGUAAGGAUUUAAUGUACCAUUUGUAUCGAACAACUUGUGUGGACAAUCCUUCAAACAUGUCAUCUGGCAUAUAGAUAUAACUUGUUCUAUAUCACUGUAUCAUCCCAGAUGUGAUUCACCAUGAGGUAUCA